CUCCUCAGGAAGAACAGCCUCCAGCAAUCUUAAACUACAUUUCCCAUGAGGACAAGGGCUUGGGCCUCUGGCUCCCUGGUGACCACCGACCAAUAGGAGAUGCCACAGCGGCCACCGUGUAGGGGAACCUGAUUUGAGAUCAUUUGUUGGAGAACACAAAGAAGUGUGAUGGAUUGAAUCAACUGCCCUUUGACCCUGCCAACAACAACGAGCCCUUGCAGUUUGGUAGUGCCAGCGGCCCUCUGGUCACAGAAGGCCUCAUUGAGAAUGGAGGGGAAUCAAGCAAGAAAAGAAAGAGAACAAAUGCUCCUUCAGCUGAUAAUAGUAGAACUCUGAAUGUGGAUUCCACGGCAAUGACACUACCUAUGUCUGAUCCAACCGCAUGGGCCACAGCAAUGAAUAAUCUUGGAAUGGCACCUCUGGGAAUUGCUGGGCAACCAAUUUUACCUGACUUUGAUCCUGCUCUUGGAAUGAUGACUGGAAUUCCACCAAUAACUCCAAUGAUGCCUGGUUUGGGAAUAGUACCUCCUCCAAUUCCUCCAGAUAUGCCAGUAGUGAAAGAGAUCAUACACUGUAAAAGCUGCACACUCUUCCCUCCAAAUCCAAAUCUUCCACCUCCUGCAACUCGAGAAAGACCACCAGGAUGCAAAACAGUAUUUGUGGGCGGCCUGCCUGAAAAUGGGACAGAGCAGAUCAUCGUGGAAGUGUUUGAACAGUGUGGUGAGAUUAUUGCUAUUCGAAAGAGCAAAAAGAACUUCUGUCACAUUCGCUUUGCUGAGGAGUACAUGGUGGACAAAGCCCUUUAUCUGUCCGGUUAUCGCAUUCGCCUAGGCUCUAGUACUGACAAGAAGGACACAGGUCGGCUUCAUGUUGAUUUUGCACAGGCUCGAGAUGACCUGUAUGAAUGGGAGUGUAAACAGCGUAUGCUAGCAAGAGAGGAGCGCCAUCGUAGAAGGAUGGAAGAAGAAAGAUUGCGUCCACCAUCCCCACCCCCUGUGGUUCACUAUUCAGAUCAUGAAUGCAGUAUUGUUGCUGAAAAAUUAAAAGAUGAUUCUAAAUUCUCUGAGGCUGUACAGACCUUGCUCACCUGGAUAGAACGGGGGGAGGUGAACCGUCGCAGUGCCAACAACUUCUACUCCAUGAUCCAGUCAGCCAACAGCCACGUGCGCCGCCUGGUGAAUGAGAAAGCUGCCCAUGAGAAAGACAUGGAAGAAGCAAAGGAGAAGUUCAAGCAGGCCCUUUCUGGAAUUCUCAUCCAGUUUGAGCAGAUAGUGGCUGUGUACCAUUCUGCCUCCAAACAGAAGGCGUGGGACCACUUCACAAAAGCCCAGCGUAAAAACAUCAGUGUUUGGUGCAAACAAGCUGAGGAAAUUCGCAACAUUCAUAAUGAUGAGUUAAUGGGAAUUAGACGAGAAGAAGAAAUGGAAAUGUCUGAUGAUGAAAUAGAAGAAACAACAGAAACAAAAGAAACUGAGGAAUCAGCCUUAGUAUCACAGGCAGAAGCUCUGAAGGAAGAAAAUGACAGCCUCCGUUGGCAGCUUGAUGCCUAUCGGAAUGAGGUAGAACUGCUCAAGCAAGAACAGGGCAAAGCCCACAGAGAAGAUGACCCAAACAAGGAACAGCAGCUGAAACUUCUGCAGCAAGCCCUGCAAGGAAUGCAACAGCAUCUACUCAAAGUCCAAGAGGAAUACAAAAGGAAAGAAGCUGAACUUGAAAAAAUUAAAGACGACAAGUUGCAAGUGGAAAAAAUGUUGGAAAAUCUUAAAGAAAAGGAAAGCUGUUCUUCUAGACUGUGUGCAUCAAACCAGGAUAGUGACUACCCUCUUGAGAAGACCAUGAACAGCAGUCCUAUCAAAUCUGAACGCGAAGCACUGCUAGUGGGAAUUAUCUCCACAUUCCUUCAUGUUCACCCAUUUGGAGCAAGCAUUGAAUACAUCUGUUCCUAUUUGCACCGUCUUGAUAAUAAGAUCUGCACCAGUGAUGUGGAGUGUCUCAUGAGUAGACUCCAGCAUACCUUUAAGCAGGAAAUGACCGGAGUAGGAGCCAGCCUGGAGAAGAGAUGGAAAUUCUGUGGCUUUGAGGGCUUGAAACUGACCUGAAUCUCUUGGCCUAAUAACUUGGGAUCCUGCAAAACAAAUGUGUAUUGGACAAGCUUAGAAAGUGAUUUGUAUUUGCAAUGGCUUUCAAGUGGAAAUUGCUUUAAAUUUGUCAAUUCAUUCCUGGGAAUAUCUUUUGAAUUAAAAUAAGGAUCCUAGAACAGCACCUCAUGCUCUAGGCCCUAAAAAAGAAAUUGCCUCAAACCUCAAGUGCUGUAACUUCCUCCCCUUCCUGUCUUUCCUGAUUAGUAGUAAUGAAGAAUCUCUGAGACUAAUGAGUAAUAGAGUGUUUUCAGUGUCUGUACUACUGUUGUAGACUUUGGUAUUUUUUUAAACACUGUUAACUGAAAUGUUUUGAUGAUUUCUAUGUGAUUUGUGUUUCUAAACUUAUCUUCACAUUAAAGUGGCUACUGGUGAAAGGAAUGAGGGAGCGCUAGGUACUCCAUGUAACUGCCAUUGUCUUUCCAAUCCCCAGUAGACCAGUGAAAGAAUAACACACACAUCAGUGUCUUCUAGAAGGUGCUUAACCAGGUUUACCUUUUAAACAGCAAAGCAUGGUUUGUGGCUUUUUGCAAAAUUACUAUGAACCAAAAGUUGACGAAUGUUUCAAAGUUAUUUUCUCUAACUUAUCAGAUAAAAAGGUCUAUUUCAGACUUAAAAAAAUAGAUAAAUCUAGAUGUAUACACAGAAAGCAAGUAUCCAGUAUGACUGGCAUGAAUUUGUGCUAUUCAAAAUCACUUGUAAAUAGUCUGCUUUUAAAGGAGGGCACAUUUAGUUUUCUGUGAAUUACAGCCCACUCACAUGUGGGUGCAUGUGUGCACACAUUCACGCACACACACCCAUUAGCAGUAGGGAUUUAUUUUAAUGUUCUUUCCCCUCCAGCUGCCUUAGAGUCUGUUGGUCCCUUUUCUUCCGCUGUCACUGUGUUGAAUUGCAAACCGUGUACUGCUGUAAAUACUGUAUUUACUUCAUGCUGAAUGUUUGCAGAGAGUUGAUGUGAGUAUUAAUAGUAAUGAAUUAAUGAAUAAAUAAUGGGCCAUGGUGCACAAGGUUUCCUGCAAAUAGGUCAGCACUACCUGGACACCUCUAGUUCUGUGGUGCUCAUGAGCACACUGCAGUGGCAGAAUGCCAAGGACCAUGCAGGAAGACUGCCUACUGGAAAAGAAAAGGAUAAGAUGGAGGUUUGAGGCUAAUACCCUGAGACAGAGCUGGAUUUUGUUUUUUAUUUUGUUUGGUUUGGUUUGGGUUUUUAUACCGGUGGUAGUGCCCGCCCUUCAAUCUUGAUCAAAGAUACGAGAAUAUAUUGAGUAAGCAAAGCCAAUGGAGAGUAUCUCACAAAAAUACUUUGUAAAUGAGAUGUCAGUAGUGUUCAAAGUUGUAUUUUUAAAAGAUAAAUAUUCCUCUUUUUAUACCUCAGUUUUGUGUGCUGUUUUGAGUAACUUGCCUCUAACCCUCUAAUAGAUCAUCUCAAUUUCUUCUUUGGGUUACCAGGACGUUGGAAGAAGAUGCUGAGCCUGCCUUGAUGACUAGAAAUGGGGUUCCAGGGCAGCUUAUUCAUGCCAAAAGUUGGCUUUCCCCUCAAGCACCGUGCUGUGGCAGCAGCAGGAGGCUGGGGCUAUUUUCACACUAGCUUCCUCACCUGAACAUCACAAGAAGGCUUUGAUUCAUCAGUCUCAGGGGCUCCUGGAAUGUAAUAUUUUAAUAUUAUCUAUGAAAUCAAGAGAAACAUUCCACUUCUUUCCAUUUAUCAGUUGUUUCUUAUUUAAAUAAGUUCAAUAAAAUUAAAUUUUAAAGCAACAGCUGCCACACCUAAAUACCUUGUUCUCCUUUACUUAAUCUACUCAGAUUGCAAAUGGUCUAUUUCUAUUACUCCGGCGAGUGUAGUCCAGAUGUAAUCUUCCCAGCCUACUUGAAUAUACCCAUUGCGGGCUGGCUUCAGACCCAAGGGAGCUAGAUUCCACAUGGCCAACUGCU